CUGUGCACGUUUUGUACUGUUUUAUUCAUUUUACAUACCCUAUUUCUAACCCUUUUUCAAACUUUCAGGUCCAUUUCCGAGGGUGAUUGUGCUCCUAACGUGCCUUCUUCUGUACAGAUUGUCGAAGUUUCAUGUGAAAGUCCGGCGCCUACUACUUCAGAAUCGAUCGAUCUUGAAACAGCUUUAUCAGUAGAACAAGAAACGAGUAGUGAACCACCUGCAGAUGCUUCCGCAGGAUCUAGUUUGUUCAAUUGUGAGUGGGUUGACAACUUGUACUUCAACUCACUCGCCCCCCUACCCGAGAUUGUGCAAGAACCUUACUGGAAGUCAAUGGAGAAAGAGCUUAUAGAGCUCCGGCAGCAAGAUGCGGUUACGUCAAAGGAUCUGGAAGAGUCGAAUAUCUACAUGUAUUCUCUUCAACUAUCUUUGUGUGCGAUGGAAGAGGCGAGAUGGUUCAAUGAAAUGUCAAAAGAUCCUGAGUUGUCGAAGCUCUUCAAUGAGAUCGACCCUAAAUUUCCUUUGGCUGUAAAUCACCUGCCUGGUGAUGCAGAAGGCUGUGGUCCAUCUACAUCUGAAAUGACCGCUUCAAACGAGAACCUUGACAAGAAGGCGGAGACACCAGCAGAUUCCGUCGUUUCAUGCAAUAAUAAUCCGACUUUUUUCCUGCACAAAAGAAGGUCCAUUCGCCGCCCUCAGCUUCAUGGUAGUGGAAAUUCGUUGAAAAGGUCUGAUCCAACGUGCGCUGAGUUGGCAGCGACUGCUUUGGAA